AUGACUACAUUACCAGAUGAUCGUGAUCCAGGAGAAGGUGAUGACGAACGCGAUCGUAAACGAAAAUUAUUUUCAACUAAAUCAACUACAUCAAAAGAAAAAAGUAGUACAAUGUUAAUUGGCACUGAAACAAGUGAAGAAGCUUUAACAACUGCACAAGAUUUCAAAAGUCUUUUAAGACCAAAGAAAAAAAAUGGUUUUAAAUUAAUAAAAACAAAAACGAAAGUUUCAUCAGAACAAAAAGAAAGACGAUCAAGUUUAAAAGAUGAAAAACGAAAAUCAAAAGCAAAUCGUGAUAGUAUUGCAAGCACAGCAGGUUUAGUUGAACAACUCCGUCGUAUAAUAGGUUUAUCCUUAGAUGAAGCUAUUAAACAUAAUCCAUUACAGAAUGAUGAUCUUGCUGUACCACGAUUUUUAGUUGAUUGUAUUAAUAUUAUUGAUCAAGCUCAUGCGCAGGAUAAUGUUUAUCGUCAAGAACCAGUAAAAAUCAAACAACCCACUGAUCUUGAAAAUGCUUUAAAACAACCAUUAACCCCCACAUUUGCUGUUAGUUUACUAAAACGUUUUCUUAAAGAAUUACCCGAACAAUUAAUACCAGCCGAACAAAGUACUGGAAUAUUUAAAAUAAUGAAUGAUCCAAAUCCUGAUUUAAAUCGAUUUGUUGAAAUUCGAAAUCUUAUACAAAAAAUCCCAAAACCAAAUCGAGAUACAAUUCGUUUAUUAUUUCUUCAUCUUCAUGAUAUAAUUCAUCAAACAAAUACAAUGUCACCAUCUCAAACACCAUCAUCAAAAAAUAAUGAAUCAUCAUUUAUACCUGUUACUAUAGCAACAUUAAUUAAAAAUAAAGAACGUAUUGUGAAGUAUUUAAUUCAACAUGCAACAGAUAUAUUUGAUCGACCACGAACAUCAUCAGCAUCACGAGUUACAUUAAUAAAAAAUGUUUCACGUUCUUCACUUCAUUCUGAAACAAUUGAAGAAUUAGAAGCUGAAUUAAAUAAACAAGAAGCAUUAUUAAAUAAAAUGCAUGAAGAAAUGCAACAAUCUCAACCUGUUUCAUCAACAUACGGAACAACAACACCAACAAACGUCGAUAAGGAUAAAGAAGAACAAUUAUGGGCUCAACAAAGACUUGUUACAGCACUUAAACGAAAAAUUAAACAAGAAACUCGCCGUCUACAACAAAAUCGUCUAUCAUCAUUUCUUGAACAUUCAGGAUCAACAACGGCUAGUGCAUCAUUCUCUCAAUCAACUCCAUCUCAUCAACCAGAAGUUAUUUUAAUUGUUAAUAAACGCGAAGAAACAUCGAAAACUCAACAAACACCUGGAACAAGUGAUGAUAUACCCAAACUGUCAACUAAUGCUAUAAGUCCAAAACCUAUUCGGCAACGUGAACGAAGUGGUGUCGAAACAGAUGAUGAUGAAUUACUUGCUCAAAUACAAAAAGUGAUUGAUAGUAAUGCUGGUAUUAUAGAAGAUGAAUUAUUAAAAGAAAAAAUUAUCGAAGCUCGCCUUAUUGCUCAAUUAAAAACAAUUUAUAAAUCUUUUAUGAAUGAAAAAGACAUUAUAACAAAAUUAGAACAACAAAUGAAUGAAAAACCAUUAGAUUUAUCGAAUAUAACCUCAACAACAAGUACAACAGCAUCAGAAAAUGAACCAUCAUCGAAUCAAACUGUAGAUAUUUUACAAGAAUUAUUAAAUACAAUUAAACUGAAUAAUCAAUUAGAGACAAAAAUCGAAGCGAUUAAACGCAAUAUUGAUAAUGAAAAUGAACGUAUUGAAGAAUUAUGUGUUGAAUUACGUUUUGGAAGGUUAUCUAGUAAAAUACAUCUCAAUAAUAAUAAUCACACGAAUUCAACUCAAUCACCUGCUAAUGCAUUGGUACAAGUGACUAAAUUAUAA